AUGUUUACCAGUAUAUCAAAAAACACCCUGGCCGUAACCUCAAUAUUCAAGCGUUUCAAGCAUGAGUAUGCCCCCAGAUUCAGAGAAGUUGAGAAAGCACAAAAGGGACGAGUUUCAGUAAGGACCGGUGGUUCAAUCAAAGGGAACAGUUUAGAAUUUGGUAAAAUUGGAUUAAGAUUGAAAUCGCGCGGAUUGAGAAUGAGUGCCAACCAACUACUCGCAGCUGACAAAGUCUUGCGUCGUGAGUUACGUCCCACAAAAUCAAAACUUUUCACUCGUUUUGUAUGUGAUUUAGCCGUUUGUAUAAAGGGAAAUCAAACAAGAAUGGGUAAAGGUAAAGGCCCAUUUGAUCAUUGGGCAACUAGAAUCCCCACGGGAAAAGUGCUUUUUGAAAUCGACGGUGGCAUUCAUGAUAAAGUGGCUAGGGAAGCAUUGCGUAAAGCAGCCGAUAAGUUACCUGGAUUAUAUGAGAUUAUAACCCCAGAAUCGAAAGUUAGAGUUAGUAUGACUGAUUUGAUUGAUAAGCCCGAAAAGAUUAAUUAUGUUGAAAAAUUGAAUGCUCAACCAAGUAAGAAAUGGAGUAAUAUUCAAGAAUUCAAGACCAAUCCUAUGUACAAGUUGUACAGUGGGAGGUAA